AUAUGUUCUUUAAACUUGAGCUUUUGAUCAAAAGUACACCAAGAUUCUCUACAACCUCAACUCGUGUUAAAAGAAAAUCAUGGAGAGUGUAGUGAUAAAGAAAAGGUUGUUUCCUAUGAGAGAAUGUAAUUGUGUAGCAUUUGGAGACAUUGAGAGCAAGUAUGUUAUUAGAGCACCAGGUUAGCACAUUAUUGAUAGAAUUUUGUAAUUGAAAGCAAUCAGAAGCUUGUAGUCCAUCUUUAAUAGUCUAGCUUUUUCCUGUAAUGUAUAUCAGAAAGUAUUUCUUUCUCUUCCUUUAGUGCUCGUGUACCACUCCUCUUCCCAUUUCUUCUCUGUUAUCUUUAUAUUUUCUUCUUGUAAGUAAGAUAGCCUAUAGUUUAUAACUGCAUUUCCAUCUGCAGCUGUCUCCUUCACUAAUUCGUCUGUUAUUUCGUUACCAACAUCCCGAAGUGCGCCUUUGCCCACUCAAUUCUUACUUUCCAGCAUGAUGUCGAAAUCUGAUGUCAGGUAUCAGCCAAUAGAUUUCUCUGUUAUUACUGCUGAAUCGUGCUCUGAUGAAAUAUGUUUCUUUUGGAGCCAUAUAAUUGCGUGAAGGAUCACAAACAAUUCAGCCUGAUUAUUACUGCAGCAUAAAGCUGAUUUAAAUUUCUUGUCUUCUACAAUAAUUUAUCCUUGAUACAAAUGGACAACCAAUCCCUUUUGUUUUACUCCCAUAUGUAACUCAUUCUGCAGACUGUCAUCCUUACGAAGGUCGACCUCUACAUCAGUUCCUGAUGUAGUUUUUAGAUCCAACUAAUUCUUCGUAUAUUUUUAUACCAUUCGUACCCAGUUUGUUUAAUUUAUAAAUUUCUAGCAGGUAUACAUCAAUCGUGAUACAUAUUUUAUUUUUGCUGUUUUGUUUCGUUACACCAGGUGCACCAUACUUGUCCAGUUGUCCUAGCGUCACUGAAACGAAACCGUUGAGUUUAAACUUUUGAACAUAACGAUCAACACCACUAGGCAGCACGUGGUUCCUUUUUUCGAGGAAGUCUCCCGUUUUCCAGAAACCGUUUCUUUUAAGUUUUUUUUCAUUUACACCUUCAAAACGUCAGAUUUAUUCGAUAAAGACAUCGAUUGUUUCUCCAGUAGCUUUUGAAGUUAUCACAUGGUCUUUGUAUACGAAUUUGCAAUUUGCACUUUGUUUAUACAUAAGGUGGGACGCGGUAAUUAAACAUUAAAAUGAAAUCUUCCGCGAUAGCAAAGCGGAUAAAAAGGCACCAUAUAUCAAGAAGUAAAGUUAUAAAGGAACCUAUUCAAGUAUUCUGCAGGGUGCGUCCACUACCCAACCCAUCCGAUCAAGCAUGCAUACAGAUCAUACCACCAUUCUACCUACAACUGGUACCACCAACGUACAACCGACAGACCGGAGUGGCGAGGGAGUUCCGAUACACUUUCAAGCAGAUUUUUGAUGAAAUCACUGACCAAAGCACAGUUUUUGAAACAGUCGCCCUCCCCUGUAUUGAGAACGUUCUCCAUGGCAAGAGUGGUCUCAUUUUCACUUAUGGUGUUUCUGGGAGUGGCAAAACUUACACAAUGACUGGGACUAACCACGACAGCGGCAUUUUGCCAAGGAGCCUGGAUGUUAUUUUCAACAGCAUCUCUACCCGGCAGGUCAAAAAGUGUACAUUUGUCCCUGACAAGUUGAACAGUUUUGAUAUCCAGUCGAUGGAAGACGCCAAGGCCGAUAGAGAUAGAGCUCUUGUACAUAAAAUUUCAGCAACCUACAAAAACAAAUCUAAACAAAUUGAGAAAUUUGAAUCAGAAACAGAUGUUACAGCGAGGACGAGGGACCAUCGAAUAAUAAACAUCAUGGAUGAGGAUAACUGUUUUGCAGUUUUUGUCACUUAUGUUGAAAUAUACAAUAAUACAGUUUAUGAUCUCUUAGAGGAUAUUUAUGAAGAAAAUCCAAAACCAAAGCCUUUACAAUCUAAAAUUGUGAGAGAAGAUUCAAACCAUAAUAUGUUUGUACAUGGAAUCAACGAGGUUGAAGUUGGCUCAACUGAUGAAGCGUUUGAAGUGUAUUACAAAGGGCAGAAAAGAAAGAAGAUGGCUCAGACCUCCUUGAAUUCUGAGUCAAGUAGAAGCCAUUCUGUUUUCACAAUUCGAAUCGUCCAGGCUCCUCUCGAUGAGACUGGUGAAAAUGUCAUUAACGACAGGUCCUGCAUGGUAAUAAGCCAGCUUUCGUUAGUUGACCUAGCAGGUAGUGAAAGGACAAAUAGAACCAAAAAUACAGGCCAGCGCCUUCGAGAAGCUGGCAACAUCAACAAUUCACUUCUCACUCUACGCAUGUGCAUCGAAAUAAUGAGGGAGAAUCAGAAAGGCGGGAACAAAGUGGUGCCUUAUAGAGAUUCUCGGCUUACACAUUUGUUCAAAAACUUCUUUGAAGGCGAGGGUCAGGUUUCGAUGAUCCUGUGCAUUACACCUCAUGUGGACGAUCUUGAAGAGUUGAUGCAUGUUUUAAAAUUUGCUGAGAUGACUAAGGAGGUACAAAUUUGCACUCCAACAACUUCAAAGAAAACAUGCUUUACCUCUGGUAGAAAGAGAUACAAGAACAGCGAUUCAGAUGUAGAAGAACAAAUGUCAUCUGUAUCAUUACACAGUAGAAAAGAUGCUGUUAGUGCUGAAGAUAUGCCAUCAAAUAUUAGAGAAGUUGGAUUAAGCAAUAUCCAGACUCAAGGAAUUUUAGAAGAAGAUUCAGCUGUUGAAGGUGCUGGCGACACAAGGGAACCACCGAAAAGGGAGAUGUCGCCAUUUUCUACACAGUGGUAUCGAGACAUACCGGACACUAGAUUUAUAGAUAUCAGCGACAAUGAAGCUCUUCCAAAUUUAAUCAAUUAUUUGGAAGAGAGUAUGAGCCAGUUUGAAAACAUCAAAACUGCCCUGAGAGAAAAUUGUAUUGAGGGUAAAAAUAAGCUUGUUAACUUGAUAAGGGAUUCGUCUCAUUUGACUCAGGAACUGAACAAUGUAAAAAAUCUAUACCAGUGUGAAACUGAAAAGGUAAUUAAUUUAGAGAAUAAAGCCAUGAGCACAGACACAGAGAUAAUAAAAAUGAAGAAAAGAAUAGAAGACUACGAAAUGAAUGUACAGCGUCUGCAGAAAGAGGUGAGUCAGAAAGAGAUUGCACUGAGCAAAACUAAGAUGGAAAAGGAAAAGUUCAGGGAUGAAUUCAAACAGAAAAUGAUUCAAGAGCAAGAUCGGCUUAAUCGGGAAUUUGAGAGGAAACUCCGAAGUCAAAACUCUGCUUUUAAGUAUGAAAUGAGGAAUAAGGAGAAAAAGUUAAAAGCUGUUAAAAGGAUUUUAGCAACUGACGACAUGUCUGAUUCAGGAUCAGAUAUAAUAACUAAAAAAAAACCACCAUCCGAAUCGGAGACAGUGAAAACGCUUAGCACAGUUCAACAGAACCCUUGUCCAGCUUUAACGACGCAGUCUCCAACUUUAACAAAUCCAGUAGGUACCGAGUUAAGCGUUAUUCAUUCAGAACCAAGACAGAUUUCACGGAAGGUAGCGGUUUCAAACAGGAGACACAGGAGGUCAAAAUCAGCAGGUAAUGACAUUUGGCUCGACCACCGGCCCAAACACCAAGUCCCAAUUGGUACCCUGAUGCAGCCAACAAUGGCGAAGAAGAAAUCUGUGACAAAGCUCACUGUGGCAAAAGAUGUUACAGAAAAUGCCAGCAAAUAUUGCCUCCUGACACAACAGCAGGAUAGUGAAGGCGAUUUGGAAACCAGGCUUUACAAGGGCGAUGUCAUACCAACUGCAGGAGGGGGUGCCCAAGUUUUAUUCAAUGACGUCGAGAUCCUCCGCCAGAUGUCUCCGACAUCUUUAUCACCGGUAAAGAGACCUGCCGAAAUCAGAAAGAAAUUUGAGGAGUACUGUGCAGCUUCCUCAAUUGAGAAAACCCCUAGAAUUUAACUAAGUUUAGUUAAGACAUCAAUUCUGGGCAAUAUGCUGUGCAGAUUUUCAGAUUUUAUUUCUCCAGUACAACAAUAAAACGCAUCUUUUUUUUUAAUCAAUAAUAUUGAAUUCUAUUAAAUCCUUCCUAGCACAAAGGAUUAUAAACAUUGUAUCUUUUUUCAAUUUGUGGAAGUUUAAGUGAAUAUUUCAUAUAGAACUUAAACAACUUCAAUUAUAUUAGUAUACUUAAAAUAAUAACGUAAUAUUCAGUCGCAAAACUUUAAUUGCGUUCAAAACAUUAAAUGUUUAAAACGAAAAUAAAAUUAAACAAUAUUUAAAAAAUACUUUUUUCAUAUCAGUUGUAUUCUAAGCGUUUUUAAGUUUAUGCUUUUAUUAUGAUCAACUGCCAUUGUUGGAAAACCUUGCUGACGAAGUCACUUUAAAUCUUCACAAAAAUACUUCUUUAAAGAAAGACAAGGUUAGUAUAUAAGUUGACUAUUGUCGAUGCAUUUAUAUCAGUCACAUACCGCACGGUCUAAAAUUUUGUCCUCAAUAUUCUCCAUAAUACAUAAGAAUAUCUGUAAACAAUGCUAUCAUUACAAACUUGUAUUAUUGAUCGAUUAUGACAUUGACAUUUGUAAUUACGAUUAAUUUUUUGUAGUAAAGUAUCCCAUUAUAUAAAAAUUAAAUACAUUAUACUUGAAAACUAUUUU